UUGAGAGGGAAAAACGUUACGUUUGUGAUGUGGGUGACUUGUGAACGGUCAGUAAUGGGUUAACUUGUUCCAUUUACUGUCGAUAAGGAAAUGGGGGGGAGGGGUUCUUCCUGUUCACUGCUGAAACAGAAACCAAAAAGCAAAGAAGAGGAGAUGCAUGGUUUUUCUCGAGUUUACACGUCCCAGAAGUUAAGCAAAGCCUUCAUACACCAGACAUGGCUUCAGCCAGAAGUCUAAUAGCUGAUGACGAUUUUCGUUGUUCCAUUUGUUUGAGUGUCUUCACUAAGCCUGUGUCAAUCCCCUGCGGUCACAACUUCUGUUUUAACUGUAUCACAAAGUUCUGGGACUCAAGCAAUCCUAAAUGCAAAUGUCCACUGUGUAACGAGGCAUUUUCCAGCAGACCGAUGCUUCGGGUUAACACAACCAUCGCUGAGCUGAUUGAAAAGUUCAAAAAAACAAUCCAAGAAAAAUCCUCUGCCACCGUUGAAGAGGAAAAAGCAGGAGAAGUGCUGUGUAGUAUGUGUGAAGGGGCAAAGGACCCAGCCCUGAGGUCCUGCUUGGUGUGUGUCAUGUCUUUCUGUAAAACACAUCUGGAGCCUCAUCAGAGAAUUCCCACCUUGAAGAAGCAUGUGCUGAUCAACCCAGUGGAGGACCUGGAAAGCAGGCUGUGUGACAAGCAUGACAAGCCUCUGGAUAUGUUUUGUAUUGCAGAUCAAAGUUGUAUCUGUGAGGUCUGUAACAGCAGAAACCAUAAAACCUGUAGGACAGUGACCAUAGAGGAGGCGGCUAAAGUGCUCAAAAAAAAGCUGGGAAUGAAGAAGACUCAGAGGGAUCAGAUGAUCGAGAAACGUCAGCAGAAAAUUGAAGAGAUUGAAAACUCAUUGGAGGCUAGCAGAACUGACUCAGCGAUGGCACUGUCAAGCACCGUGAGCACGGUGAAUGAUGUGGUGGACUACAUUAAGAGGAGCCUCGUCAAGUUCACUGAGGUUAUCAAUACAAAGCAGGGAAACAUUGACACUGAGGCAAAAGGAUUACUUCAAGAACUGGAUCGUGAAAUUGUGCAAAUUAAGCAGGAAAGCACGCACCUCGAUGCACCGACUGACAAAGACCCUUUCCGGUUCCUUACAAACUUCUGUUCUCUUAGCAUCUCUCAGCCCAAGGUGAAGGACUGGGCCGGUGUCACUCUUAAAUGUCCCCCGUUUCCAGCGCAGGGAGCCAGUCUGAGGGCAAAACUCAUGAGAGAAAUAAGUAGUCUGUGUGAUCCUGACUUGAAAGAGAAGCAGCAGCAUGCUGUAGAUGUAACUCUGGAUCCUGACACAGCACACCCCAAACUCAGACUUUCUGCAGACAGGAAGAGAGUCGCACACGGAGAUGGAAUAAUGAAACAAAGAUACUUCCCGGAGAGCUUUGAACAACUCUUAGCUGUCCUGGGAAAAGAAGGAUUCCGCUCAGGAAAAUUUUACUACGAAGUCCAAGUUAAGGACAAAACCCAAUGGCUUCUUGGAGUAGUAAACCAUUCCAUCAACAGAAAGGGCGAAAUACAACUGAGCCCAGAGAAUGGUUAUUGGACCAUUUCUCUGACAAAAGGAACCGAGUUUACAGCCAAUACAAACCCUGCCGUCGACCUCCAUCUGAGCGGGAUCCCUCAAAAGGUCGGAGUUUUUGUCGACUACAAGGAGGGUGAAGUCUCCUUCUACAAUGUGGAUACACAGGCAAGAAUCAUCUCCUUCACUGGAUGCACCUUCACCGAGCAGCUUUUUCCAGUCUUUGGCCCCGGUCAUAACAAUGGUGGCGAAAACUCCGCCCAUAUGAUCAUCACUUACGUCACACACAACGCCUGAGUUUUUUGUUUGUUUUCCAUGAUGACGAGAUUCAAAAGGAUUUAAAGUUUAUAGGUUUAAAGAACAUUUGUCAUUCAGUUUUUCUCAGAUAAUUAUGUCCCCCACGAAUCAAUGUGUUCCAUUAAAAACGUGAUCGUUUAAUUGAACCUGACUCACACAUGGUGCCUUGUCCUCUGAUUGGAAUCAGCCAAACCUGCACGCUGAAGGAUAAAGUCAAAUGGGGUAAAUCUGCCUAAAUGGGGUCUUCAGUAACAUUUGAUCAACCAGAGCUAAUUAAAGUCUGCUUUUCUUUCUUUUUUAACAUUUGUGUUGUGAUAGUUGUAUUCUUAUUUCAUUUUUAUCGAGCAAAGAAAAGGGAUUUUUGAAAAAAAAAUGUAUUGCUUUUCUUGAUGAUCAAUCUGAUUCUGAUAUUUAACACCUGAUUGGACGUUGUAGCUUUAGUUUGUGCUCAUGUGCUUUGUUGGAGUGGAUGCUGUGCAGACAGGAAACUGUUAAAUACCGUUGUGUGUUGAAUAAGUAUGUGAUGUCCCUCAUUUGACAUGUAUUCACAAAAUAAGAUUUUUUAUGAAAAGGUGGUUUAGGAAGUUGUGAUCUCUUUGUUAUUGAUUACUUCAACAUGCAAUUAAACUACAUGAUAAUAACUGACUAUGAACUCCAAUUAAAGACACAAUGCUAAGCUAA